AUGUCGCCCUCCAUUGACAGUGCACAGGCCCAAUGGCUCGAGCAACUCGCCGCCAUGAGGAAGGCUAUCGCUGAGCUGAAUCUGCCCGCUGAGGGGCAAAAACCCCCAGCUUAUGGAGAUGACAUCGAGUUCGACGAUGACGACUUCUCCGGAACUGCGAGCGGCGAGGACAUCUGGGACAUCAUUAGUGAUGAGUACGAGGAUGAGUACAGUAGUGAUCAACUCGAACAAUUCUCAGACCUCCCCACUGGGGGGAGUCCCUACAGCCAGCAGUGGUUGGCAAAGAAGUGCGCCGGCGUUGCCCAAAGGAGCUCUGGUCUAGACGCUCGAGCUCUCAAGGACCAGCUUUCGGCCAUCCUAGCUAGCGAUAGCAACGAUGAAGAGCUACAGAUGAUGCUGGCCGACAUUGUGGGCUAUGACGAGCUGGAUUUGGUCGCUGACCUUAUAUCUCAUCGCAAGAAGAUCUUGCAAUCCCAGCACCAUGCUAUUAGAUCACAAGACAAUGAAGCCGUAGGCCGGCUACAGACCAGAGCGGAGAGAGAUGAAGCGUUACGCCGUCAAGAUUUUGAACACAAGCAUGCGUCACUGGCACCCGCCAUGGACCGAAAGGGCCCACAGUAUCCGCACGUCUACCGCACCCAUGAGGCAGGCAACAAAUUGUCCGCAUAUGGUAAGAAAUAUGCCCUUCCUCCGGACCACAAGCAUCACGACAACAAUCUAUACGAGGAAUACGAGAUCCCAGCAAUGCCUGUGGGCACGAUUGGCGUUGGUCGCAAGCUGAUUGAGAUUGCGGAGCUCGACGGGCUUUGCCAGCGCACCUUCAAGGGCUACAAAGCUCUUAAUCGUAUGCAGAGCUUGGUAUACCCCGUAGCGUAUAAGACGAGCGAGAAUAUGCUCAUCUGUGCGCCUACUGGUGCUGGUAAAACAGAUGCGGCAAUGCUCACCAUCCUCAAUACUGUUGCGAAGAAUGUUGUUCCGAAUCCUAUCGAGCAUCCGGAAGCCACUGAUUUCACGGUCAUGACUGAAGACUUCAAGAUCAUUUACGUCGCUCCCAUGAAAGCGCUCGCUGCAGAAGUGACCGAGAAGCUUGGAAAGCGCCUGGCCUGGCUAGGCAUCAAAGCUCGCGAACUCACGGGAGACAUGCACUUGACAAAGGCCGAGAUUCUAGACACGCAAGUCAUUGUCACGACACCCGAAAAGUGGGAUGUGGUCACACGAAAGAGUACAGGCGAUACGGAACUUGUGCAAAAAGUUCGCCUGCUCAUUAUCGAUGAAGUGCACAUGUUGCACGAUGAGCGUGGAGCCGUUCUGGAAAGUUUAGUCGCAAGAACUCAACGACAAGUAGAAAGCACGCAAUCUCUCAUCCGAAUAGUUGGCCUAUCAGCUACCCUACCUAACUAUGUCGACGUAGCAGAGUUCCUUCGCGUAAAUCUGAUGGCCGGCCUAUUCUAUUUCGACGCAUCCUUCCGACCCGUUCCACUUGAGCAGCAUUUCAUUGGCGCCAAAGGAAAGCCUGGUACGAUGAAGUCGAGAGAGAAUUUGGAGAAAGUGGCCUUCGACAAGGUCGUGGAAAUGCUCAAGCGUGGUCAUCAGAUCAUGGUGUUCGUACAUUCCAGGAAAGAUACCGUGAAGACUGCACACGAAGGGUGCUCCGACCUGUUCGAUCCCUCAGAGCAUCCGCGAUACGACAACGCUGUUCGCGACAUGAAGCAAUCGAAGGGACGCGAACUACGCGAGUUACUCGGCAAAGGCAUGGGCACUCAUCAUGCUGGUAUGCCACGUUCAGAUCGUAACCUCAUCGAACGGCUCUUUGGUGAAGGAGUCAUUAAGGUGUUGUGCUGUACCGCAACCCUGGCUUGGGGUGUCAAUUUGCCUGCUGCUGCGGUUCUCAUCAAGGGUACACAGGUCUACAAUGCACAAGAGGGAAAAUUCACCGAUCUAGGCAUUCUAGAUGUCCUACAAAUUUUCGGUCGUGCCGGUCGACCUCAAUUCCAGGACACCGGUAUCGGGUUCAUCUGCACUACGCAUGACAGGCUGGACCACUACAUGCGCGCGGUGACCGAGCAACAGCCGAUCGAGUCCAGAUUCUCCUCAAAGCUUGUCGACAAUCUCAAUGCGGAGAUCUCUCUAGGUACAGUCACCACUGUCUCGGAAGCUGUACAAUGGCUGGGCUAUUCUUAUUUGUUCGUGCGAAUGCAGAAGAGCCCUCUACUUUAUGGUAUCGAAUGGGCGGAGAUACGAGACGAUCCUCAGCUUGUCCUUAGGCGCCGCAAGUUGAUUAUCGAUGCGGCCCGAAUCCUGCAACAGAGCCAGAUGAUCAUCUUCAAUGAAACUACGGAGGAUCUACGCGCCAAGGAUGUAGGUCGCAUUGCCAGUCAAUACUACGUCCGGCAGUCGAGUAUUGAGAUCUUCAAUACCAUGAUGAGGCCUCGUAGCUCGGAUGCUGAUGCUCUGGCCAUGGUCAGUAUGAGUGGCGAGUUCGACCAAGUACAGUCACGCGACACUGAAGAGAAAGAACUGUCAGCGCUCCAGGAUGAAGGAUAUGUCAUAGCAGAUGUAAAAGGUGGCUACGCUACGCCUCACGGUAAGACCAACAUCUUGCUACAAGCACACAUUUCUCGAGCCAGGCUUGAAGACUUUACUUUGGUCUCCGACACAAACUAUAUCACCCAGAACGCAUCGCGUAUUGCCCGCGCGCUGUUCAUGAUUGCGCUUAAUAGACGCUGGGGCUAUCAGUGUCUCGUACUCCUCAGCCUUUGUCAGUCCAUCGAGCAUCGAUGCUGGUCUAUCGAACACCCACUUCACCAAUUUGAUCUUCCACAACCAGUUUUGCGACAGCUAGAUGCCAAAUUCCCUUCGAUUGAAACGCUUCGCGACAUGGAGCCUGCCGAGAUUGGCGGCAUGGUUCACAACCAGAAGAUGGGCAGUGUCAUUGCAAAGCUGCUUGACAACUUCCCGACCUUAACUAUCGAGUCUGAAAUCGCACCUCUGAAUCGAGACGUUCUUCGCAUCAAGCUCUGGCUCACCCCAGACUUCAAGUGGAAUGACCGCCACCACGGAACUUCGGAGUCAUUCUGGAUCUGGGUGGAAAAUUCGGAAACAUCUGAGAUUUACCAUUACGAGUACUUCAUCCUAUCACGAAGGAAGCUCUAUGACGAUCACGAGCUGAAUUUCACUAUCCCUCUCACAGAUCCGCUGCCUACACAGAUAUAUGUUCGCGCAGUGUCAGACCGCUGGUUAGGCUCCGAAACUGUGCACCCAAUAUCUUUCCAGCAUCUGAUCCGACCUGACACUGAGAGUGUCUACACUGACCUUCUAGACCUUCAGCCAUUGCCAAUUUCGGCGCUUAAGAACCCUUUGCUGGAAGAGGUUUAUGCUCAGCGCUUUCAGUAUUUCAACCCAAUGCAGUCGCAGAUCUUCCAUUGUCUAUACCACACACCCGCUAAUGUGCUGCUUGGAUCUCCUACUGGAAGUGGAAAGACCGUAGCUGCUGAGCUUGCAAUGUGGUGGGCCUUCCGCGAGAAACCUGGCUCGAAGGUGGUCUAUAUCGCGCCCAUGAAAGCGCUCGUCCGCGAGCGAGUACAGGACUGGGGCAAACGACUUGCAGGUCCAAUGGGUCUGCGACUGGUUGAAUUGACUGGUGACAACACUCCCGAUACGCGCACCAUAAGAGAUGCGGAUAUCAUCAUCACAACCCCUGAGAAGUGGGACGGUAUCAGUCGUAGCUGGCAGACUCGUGGUUAUGUCCGCCAAGUAAGCCUUGUCAUCAUUGACGAAAUUCAUCUUCUUGGUGGUGAUCGUGGCCCGAUUCUCGAGAUCAUUGUCUCUCGAAUGAACUACAUCGCAUCACAGAAGGAAGGUGGCUCAAUUCGUCUUCUCGGUAUGUCCACUGCCUGCGCCAACGCCUCUGACCUCGGGAACUGGCUCGGCGUUAAAGAAGGCUUGUUCAACUUCCGCCACUCGGUUCGCCCUGUACCACUAGAGAUCUUCAUCGACGGAUUCCCUGAGCAGCGUGGGUUCUGCCCGCUCAUGCAGUCGAUGAACCGUCCGACGUUUCUUGCUAUCAAGCAACACUCUCCAGACAAGCCUGUCAUUGUAUUCGUCGCUUCAAGGCGGCAGACUCGUCUUACUGCCAAUGACCUGAUUACAUAUUGCGGUAUGGAGGACAACCCAAGACGUUUCUUGCACAUGUCGGAAGACGAUCUUGCAGUCAAUCUUGAGCGAGUCAAGGACGACAACCUCCGCCAAGCCUUAAGUUUUGGUAUCGGUCUCCAUCACGCUGGUCUAGUCGAAACAGAUCGAUCUCUGUCAGAGGAACUUUUUGCAAAUAACAAAAUCCAAAUCUUGGUGGCGACUAGUACGCUUGCGUGGGGUGUCAACUUGCCAGCCCAUCUUGUUGUCGUCAAGGGCACGCAAUUCUUCGAUGCAAAGAUAGAAGGAUACAAAGAUAUGGACUUGACGGACGUGCUGCAGAUGUUGGGUCGUGCCGGUCGUCCGCAAUUCGACACGUCGGGUAUUGCACGUAUUUUCACGCAAGAUGCAAAGAAGGAGUUCUACAAACAUUUUCUGCACACUGGCUUCCCCGUCGAAUCGUCAUUGCACAACGUCCUUGAUAACCAUCUGGGUGCUGAGAUCUCAGCUGGGACCGUGGCGACCAAGCAGGAUGCGCUGGACUACCUCACAUGGACAUUCUUCUUCCGUCGCCUGCACAAGAACCCAUCCUUUUAUGGACUAGAGAUUUCCGCAGAAGAGCACAACACUAUUACUGCUCAGACAAUGGCAAACGACUACAUGGUUCAACUAGUGGAAACAUCUCUGAAGGAAUUGGACGAGUCUUCAUGCGCGAUUGUUGAGCCAACCGGCGAGGUAGACCCAACGCCUCUGGGCAAAAUCAUGAGCUACUACUAUCUGAGCCACAAGACUAUCCGUUACCUUGUCAAAAACGUCAAGCGUGACGCGACCUUUGCCAACGUUCUCUCCUGGAUUUCGCACGCAACAGAGUACGAUGAGCUUCCCGUUCGCCACAAUGAAGACCUCAUCAACGCUGAGCUGUCGAAGGCACUCCCAGUUCCAGCCGAUGACUUUGGUCUGCCAAUGUGGGAUCCUCAUGUCAAGUCUUUCCUGCUUCUACAGGCGCACUUUUCGCGCAUCGAUCUACCAAUUUCUGAUUACGUCGGAGAUCUGAACAGCGUGUUGGAUCAGAGCAUCCGUAUCGUGCAGGCUUCAAUCGAUGUGCUCACUGAGCUGGGUUACCUCUCGUCGUGCGUGAGGAUGAUCAACCUGUUGCAGGCCAUCAAGUCUGCACGCUGGCCAACAGACGGACCACUGUCCAUUUUCCCCGGCGUGGAAAUUGAUCAGGAAAAGAAACGCCUCGAGCACCCUAAGGCCAGUCCGAAGACGCUUAUAGAAGCCACCACCUCAUCACCGGCACAUUUGGAAAGAGCAGGCAAAUUAGCGGGUGUCACGCCUUCGGCUGUCAAGCGCUUCAUCGAGCCCAUUUCUCGUCUUCCGAUCCUGAAGCUUGAUCUCGGCGCGGUCAAUGCAAUUUCUCUCUCUCUGAACCUCACCCGCCAAAACCCAGCCAGAAUGCAGCAAAACGGCAUCCGCAUUUUUGCGCCGCGCUACCCCAAGCCACAGACUGAGGGCUUCUUCGUGAUCCUCUCAUACUCAAGCACGGAUGAGAUUAUCGCGUUGAAGCGAGUCGGCUGGAGCGACCCCAAUCGCAGUGGUGGAGCACGGGGACGAGGUGGCCGCAAUGCGAACAAUGGAGCUGCCAGCUCGCGACUCCAAGCCACGACCAAGAUUACGUUCCCACCAGAAGCGCAGGGCAAGAAGGUUGAUGUUACCGUUCAUAGCGAUUCUUAUCCUGAUAUGAAGUGGAGCAUUGAGGGUAUUGAGGUGCCGGAAGCGCCGAGGGUGGAGGACGGUGGGAAGAAGAAGGAUAGAGGAGAUGGAGUUUGGGAUGAGCCGAUAGCUUAG